AUGUGGGUUUAUGAUACAAAAAAAGUACAGGACAGUGGAAAUGGCCUGCAGGUUGCAGCUGUAGCAGGUCCUAUGCACUAUGCAACUAGCGAAUCAAUAUUAGUAUCUAUCUCCGAAGCUCCCCCAAAGUCGGGAACCCUCUCGGAUCCUGGAUCUAUUGAUACCGGUACCAUGAUACGACAUGUCCUCAAAAGUCCAAUACAACAACACAACAACACACACACAACACACACAACACACACAACACACACUUCACAUGGUCGACCCAAUCUGCAUCGUCUUGCCAUAUCCACUACUCACUACUCACUCGUACAAGAAUAG